CUCUGUACACCCCACGUUUUAAUCUGGUUGAGUAUCGAUUGACUAGGUACGGAUACAAUAGACAGGUAACUAACUGUCUUCUCCUGUGAAUAUCAAUAUCGGUUGUGGUUUAUGGAAAUGUGUCUACUUUAUCCUGGAUAUUGAAAGGCAACUCUUAAUUGAGGAUUGUCCUAAUCCAUACCUCAAUCAUGGCAUCCAAACACAAGACCAUAUACCCAUGGUCUCGUCGAAAUAAUAUAUACGAUCCUCCAACUCCUCUCGAUUCUCUCCUCGAAUCUCCUCUCCGCACAUUGAUCUUCUACCUCCAUACCAUCCUCCUCUAUUUCCGUGGCACAUCUUUCAAACCUCCCCGAAACAAGCCUCCUGUUCGAGUUGUCUGUAUCUCAGAUACACAUUGCAAUACAUUACCAAUUCCACCUGGAGAUCUUUUGAUACAUGCAGGAGAUUUGACAAAUGCGGGCACGGUGGAAGAAAUACAAGCCCAGAUAGAUUGGUUGGAUCAACAGCCACAUAGAGAGAAAGUGUUUAUUUGUGGAAACCAUGAUAGCUAUUUUGAUUCCAAAUCGAGGAAAGAAGAAGAUAAGAAGAGGAAAUUGAAUUUCAGAAGCUUACAUUACUUGGAGAACAAAGCUAUAACAUUGAAGUUUAAGAGCGGAAGAAAGCUCAAGGUUUAUGGUUCACCAGAUAUCCCUCAAUGUGGUGGUUCUGAUUUUGCUUUUCAAUAUCAAAGACAUCUUGCGCCGUGGGAAAAUCGUAUACCGAAAGAUACAGACAUUCUGGUUACACACAGUCCACCUCGACAUCACCUCGACAUCAACCUAGGUUGCAAAUCGUUGCUGGACGAAAUAUGGAAGGUCAAACCUAGACUUCAUGUGUUUGGGCAUAUACACUCCGGACAUGGUCGCGAAGCUGUGUUCUGGGAUAAGGGACAAGAAGCUUAUGAGAGACUCAUGGAAAGAAAGAGAGGAGGCAUGAUCAUGGACUUUAUGCCGAGCUUUGCAUGGGUCGAUGCUGUGAAAGUGAUUUGGUAUGGAGUAAAGGGUAUUUUAUGGCAAAGAUUAAUGGUUGGACCUGCUGGUGGAAAUGGUGGUUUGAUGAUCAAUGCUGCGAUUGUCUAUCAAUCAUCGACUGAUGUGGGGAAUCCAGCUGAAGUUGUAGAGCUAUGAAUGACGAAAGGUAUGACAAUUGAUAAGUGUAUCCUCGAGAAAACAUGGGAUAAGAUAUAGUAUAUGACUUUCCACAGCUCAGGACUUGUAGAUAUGACAUUUGCCUUGAAUUUGAUACACUGACGAUAUUCUCGCCCCCUUUUGAAA